AUGGAGUCCUCUCGCGGCCCUCCCCGGGUCAAGAACAAGGCCCCCGCACCCCAGCAGAUCUCCGCCGAACAGCUCCUCCGCGAAGCUGUCGACCGCCAGGAACCCUCCCUCACAGCACCCACCCAGCGCUUUGCUGAUCUCGAAGAACUCCAUGAAUUCCAAGGCCGAAAACGCAAGGAGUUCGAAGACUAUGUCCGCCGCAACAGGCUUAACAUGGGUAACUGGCUCCGGUAUGCCGCCUGGGAGCUCGAACAGAAAGAGUACCGACGCGCGAGGAGUGUGUUCGAACGUGCGCUGGACUGUGAACCGACGAACGUGCAGCUAUGGGUGCGUUAUGUGGAGGCUGAGAUGAAGGAGAGGAAUAUCAAUCAUGCGCGGAACCUGCUGGAUCGGGCUGUCACGAUUCUACCGCGGAUCGACAAGCUGUGGUAUAAGUAUGUUUAUAUGGAGGAGAUGCUCGGGAACAUUACCGGAACGAGGGCGGUGUUUGAGCGGUGGAUGAGCUGGGAGCCGGAUGAGGCGGCGUGGGGCGCAUACAUCAAGCUGGAAAAGCGGUAUGGCGAGUUUGAGCGUGCGAGAGGGAUCUACGAGCGCUACACGGUCGUCCAUCCAGAGGCAAGAAACUGGAUCAAGUGGGCAAGAUUUGAGGAGGAAAAUGGGACGAGUGAUUUGGUCAGAGACGUCUUUGGCAUGGCAAUUGAGACGCUGGGAGACGAAUUCAUGGACGAGAAGCUUUUCAUUGCGUACGCGCGAUUUGAGUCGAAGUUGAAAGAAUAUGAACGAGCGAGAGCGAUCUACAAGUAUGCGCUUGAUCGCAUGCCUCGGAGCAAGUCGGCUGUCUUGCACAAAAACUACACCACCUUCGAGAAGCAGUAUGGCGACAGGGAGGGCGUGGAAGACGUCGUCAUAAGCAAGCGCCGGGUGAUGUACGAGGAGCAGGUCAAGAAUAACCCAAAAUCCUACGACUCCUGGAUUGAUUACGCGCGACUCGAAGAAAGUGGCGGCGACCCUGCACGGGUACGAGAUGUCUACGAACGUGCCAUCGCUCAGCUUCCGCCAUCACAAGAGAAGCGGCAUUGGCGACGGUACAUCUACCUCUGGAUCUUCUACGCACUGUAUGAAGAGUUCAACCAGCCGGCCGACGAGCGCGCAGCACAGAUCUACAGCGAAGCGCUCAAACUCGUACCGCACAAGAAGUUCACGUUCGCAAAGCUAUGGAUCCUGAAGGCACAGUACGAAGUCCGCCACAAUCUGCUCGAUCAAGCGCGAAAAACAAUGGGCACAGCAAUCGGCCUGUGUCCCAAGAACAGGCUCUUCCGUGCUUACAUCGACAUUGAGCUCAAGCUCUUUGAAUUCGUACGGUGCCGCACACUUUACUCGAAAUGGAUCGAAUGGGACUCCUCGAAUUGCAGUGCUUGGAUUAAAUUCGCGGAGCUGGAGCGAGGUCUGGACGACCUGGAGCGUGCAAGAGCCAUCUUCGAACUCGCGGUGGAUCAGCCGGUGCUGGAUAUGCCAGAGCUGCUGUGGAAGGGCUACAUCGACUUCGAAGAGGAAGAGGGCGAGUUUGAGCGCUGCAGGUCCCUCUACGAACGCCUGCUGCAGAAGACCGAGCACGUCAAGGUCUGGAUCUCAUACGCGCACUUCGAGAUCAACGUGCCAGAUUCAGACAUCGAAGACGAAACUGAAGAGGAAACAGCGCGUCCAAUCUCUGAAGAAGCCAAGUCCCGCGCUCGCGCCGUCUUCCAGCGCGCGCACAAGCUGUACAAGGACAAGGCGAUGAAGGACGAGCGAGUCGCACUACUCCAGGCCUGGAAGAGUUUCGAGGACACGCAUGGGAGCGAAGAAGACCAGGAGAAGUUGGCUAAACAGAUGCCGAGGCGGGUCAAGAAGAGGAGGAGGUUGGACGACGAGAGCUUUGAGGAGUUUAUGGAUUAUGUGUUCCCGGCGGAUGAGGAGGAGGGUAGUAAGAAGAUGUCGAAGCUUAUGGAGGCGGCGGCGAGGUGGAAAAGAGAGCAGGAGGCUAACGGUGGAGGUGCUGCGACGGGGGAGACGUGA